GGAAGCCCAGCGGGCGGGCCCGGAAGCGGAGGCUCGCUGGUGGCUCGAGCUGGCGGGCCCCUCCGAGCCACUUCCGGCAGUGCCAGACAUGGCAGCAGGCCGAGACCGCGGGGACUUGGCUGCCCGGCAGCUUGUGUUCCUACUUCCAGAAUAUUUAAAAGAUGCCUCAGAGAAGAUGAAGAGUGGCCUCCUGUUUGUCAAAUUGGCCAGCCCGCGCUCAGGGGAAGGAGCCAUUUACUUACUGGAUAUGUGUCUACAUCAGCUGUUUGAAAUCAAAAUUUUCAAGGAAAAGCACCGUUCUUGGUUUAUAAAUCAGUCAGUUCAAUCAGGGGGGCUUCUCCACUUUGCGACCCCCAUGGAUCCUCUGUUUCUGCUCCUUCACUACCUCAUAAAGGCUGGCAAAGAGGGAAAGUAUCAGCCCUUGGAUCAGGUCGUAGUGGAUGGCAUGUUUCCAGAUUGUGUCUUGUUGCUGAGAUUUCCUGAGCUUGAGAAGUCACUUCGUCAUGUGACAGAAGAGAAAGAAGUAAACAGCAAGAAGUACUACAAGUAUAGCGCAGAGAAGACCCUGAAGUGGCUGGUGAAAAAGGUCAACCAAACUGUGGUGGCAUUGAAAGCCAAUAACAUCAAUGUUGGAGCCCGGGUACAGUCAUCUGCAUAUUUCUCUGGUGAUCGGAUUUCCAGGGACAAGGAAGAGGACUAUGUUCGCUAUGCCCAUGGUCUGAUCUCUGAUUACAUCCCUAAAGAAUUAAGUGAUGACUUAUCUAAGUCCUUGAAGCUUCCAGAACCUCCAACUUCAGUUCCAAACCCUCCAUCAAAGGUUAAGUUUCUGACCACUGCAGAGUGUUCGCCACCUGAUGCAUCUCAGCCCUGCCAGACCACACUCGCCAAGUUCCCAUCCUCACCCACACUGGGAGUCCGAGCUGUGUCCCAGCCUUGCUGGCUGACUCGUAGCAUCGCUGUCUCGGAGGAGCAAUCUGGGAGUUGGAGGCCAGGAGAAAAGGAGCUGCCUGCUAACACUCCUUCUGCUCCUGAGCCAGAAAUCAUCCAAAGGGGCAACACAGAGGAAGAAAUCUUUCCCCCUCCACCCUAUAUUCUUUCCCCUGGUGGUGCAACAGCUCCACCCGCCCAACCACUCACCCAGCCUGCCCCUCUUCCGCUGGUCCCAGUAAGAGAGGGACCAGUUCAUGGGACUCAUAGCCGUAGGGGAGAUUACCCUGAUUCUAGCACAGAAAUCCUUCGAGCAGCAGGGGCCCCAGAUAAGGAUAGGAAUCAACCAAAUCGUGACUGGCCCUUCACCGUUAGUGACUUCUAUCUUUGGAAAGCCCUAUGUCCACCUCUCUUGGAAAAUCCUAGUAAACUGAUUGGUCUCCUUGAAAGUUUUCUUGUAAAUCAUCAACCCACGUGGGAUGACUGCCAACAGCUAUUAAAAAUUUUUCUGACUGCAGAGGAGAGGGACCUGGUACUGAUGGAGGCCCGGAAAUUGGUUCCCAGCCCCACAGGAAGGCCACAAAACUUGAGCCACUUAGAGAUGCAGCCUUUCCCCUAAUUCGUCCUGAGUGGGAUUAUAAUACAUAUGAAGGGAAGAGGAACCUCUUGGUCUACCGUCAGGUUCUGUUGGCUGGUCUCAGAGCAGCCACCCACACUAAUAGGAGUAAAAUCCAUGCUGUAAUACAGAGAGCAGAUGAGAGGCCAGCAGCAUUCAUGGAGCGCCUCGAGGAGACCGUUAGGAGGUAUACGCUCUACGAUCCCCACUCCCAGGACAUUGAAGUCACUUCCAUGAUGAUGAUGGCUUUUGUUUUUCAGUCAGCUCCAGACAUUAGGGAAAAAUUGCUAAGCCUAGACGACCUUAGAGAAAAGAAUGUCUGGGAUUUAGUGCUAGUGGCAGAAAAGUUCUAUGACAAUAGGGUUAGUGCGGAGGAAAGACAGAAAGAGCAGUGCAAGAUCCGACAGCCUGCUAGAGUAUGCGCUGCCACAGAGGAGUCGGAGGAGCGUGGGAGCCUCUCACGACGCCUGGCUGCUGGAGAGGAAGACAGGAAACCAAAAGGUAAUAAAGGAAGGCGAAGGGCACUGGGUUAAAGCAUGCCCUCUAAAGGCAGCAAGGAGAAGUACCAAAGUUUGGAAACAGCGAGACAUGGACAGCGAUUAGGGGAGAUGGGGUUCGGAUCCCCCUUCCCGAGCCCAGGGGAACCCCAAGAGUGGAGGGGAAACCAGUUGACUUUCUGGUGGACAGAAGAACCCAGAACUCAGUGUUACUGAGGGCUGAUGGACCCAUAACAGACAAAAAGACUUGGAUCCAGGAUGCUACUGGUGCCGGACUUUAUUCAUGAACUACUCAAAGAAUGGUAGACUUGGAACCUGGUGAUCCCAGAGUGCCCGUACCCCUUAUAGGCCUGUGAUUAACUGACCAAAAUGAAAGCCCAGAUACAUUUCUCUGAUGAAGGAGCUAAAUUGCCUAAUGAAGAUGGAAAGGCCAUGUGCAUAUCUGGUGACAAGUAGUGAGGCGGAAGAGUAGAGGCUACAUAUGGUAGCCACGGAGCCUUACCCCCAACUAGAGAAAUGGCUUCAGAAGUUCCAUCCGCAUGGGCCCAGACGGGGAAUGGGCUGGCUAAGCAUUGCCUCCCUGUAUAUGUAGAAACCAAACCAGGAGCAAACCCAGUCAAGGUCUGCCAGUACCCUUUGCCUCUUGAGGCCAAUAAGGGCAUAACACCCCACAUCAGGAGGUUGCUGGACUUGGGGGUCCUCAGGCCGGUGCAGUCGGCCUGGAAAACACCCUGCUGCCUGUCAAGAAGCCUCACACUAAUGAUUACAGAAUGAUCCAGGACUUGUGGGAGGUCAACAAGAGGGUGAUUGACAUACACCCCACAGUGCCUAACCCAUACAACUUACUCAUUGCCCCCAGACCAGCAAUAGUAUACUGUCGUGGACCUAAGAGAUGCCUUUUUUAGUCUAUCCUUGGCCCCCCAGAGCCAACAGUACUCUGCCUUCGAAUGACAUGACCCAGAGAUUGUGUCAUUGGCCAGCUGACAUGGACGAGACACAACAGGGAUCAAAAGAAUCUUCGCUGAAGCUCUACAGAGGGACCUGUGUGAGCACCGGGCACAGAAUGCAGAUAUCAAAUUGUUGCAGUAUGUUGGUGACCUAUUAUUGCAGCCAUAGAUCAAGAGACCUGCCUAAUUGGGACUGAGCGACUAUUACGAACUCUGGGAGACCUAGGGUACCAUGCCUUGGCCAGGAAAGCCCAAAUCUGCAUGCCGCAGGUAACGUGCCUGUGGUACAUCUUAAAGGAAGAACAGCAAUGGCUUUCAGACACACGGAAAGAGACAAUGCUUAAGAUCCCUAUGCCUACUACUGCCAGGCAAGUGAGAGAGUUCUUUAGCUCUGCAAGUCUCUGUGACCCAUGGAUCCCAGGCUUUGCAGAACUGGCUAAACCCUUUGUGAAGCCACCAAGAAGGGCUGGGAUUUCACUUGGACCAAGGACCACCAAUUGGCCUUCGACAAACUCAAAGAAAGCCUACUCUUGCCAUCAGCACUGGGUCUGUCAGAUGUGACUAAACCAUUUCAUCUGUAUGUAGAUGAAAGCAGAGGAAUAGCCAAGGGAGUCUUGACCCAAACACUGGGCUCCUGGCAACAGCCUGUAGCUUACCUGUCCAAGAAGUUAAACCCUGUGGCGGCUGGAUGGCCACCCUGCCUCCAUAUAAUAGCAACUGUGGUCCAGCUAGUCAAGGACAUUUGACAAACUGAUCUUGGGACAAAACCUCACCAUAACCACCCCCGCCACCCGAUCGAUGGCUGGGCGAUGACAGAAUGACUCAUUAUCAAACUCUUGCUAAACCCCUCCAGAAUAACUUGCCAGGUACCCUCAGCUCUGGAUUCCGAGCUGGAAGCACCACUGCACUACCAUUCCUGGCCCAAGCACACAGCAUUAGGUCAGACCUACAAGACACUUAAUGUACAAGACUGCAUGCAGCAGCUUCAUGCAGGAUGGCCUAAGGUAUGCGAGGACAGCAGUCACCACUGCAGAGUAGGCAAUAUGGGCAGAGUCAGUGCCAACUAGCAGAGCUGAUUGCCUUGAGGAAGUAUGAAAGGUUAACAUCUACACCGACAUCCGGUACACUUUGACCACGUCGCAUGUGCAUGGGGCAAUAUGCAAAAAAGGGGGGGUCUGUUAACCAAAGAGGGAAAGCAUCAAAAAUAAAGAUGAAAUUCUGACCCUUCUAAAAAGGUUGCCCAAGAAACUCGCCAUCAUCCAUUGCCUGGGGCACCGCAGAGGAGAUAGACCCAUCCCCAGUGGAAACAACCUGGCAGACAAAAGCACCCGGCAGAUGGCACGCCAUACUAAUGUAGUCUUUGCACAUGUACUGGUAGAUCCUGGAUCAAGACCCCUAUGAUGCGGUGUCUGGAUGGAUAGUAGAGGGCAGCAGACAGUAAAGUCAUCCUCCCUGAACACCUGGGAAAGAAGCUACUCAGCAGGAUUCAUUGAUCUUCUCAUACGGGAACCCAGAGAAUGCAGGACUUGGUUAGACAAUCAAAAAAAUCAAAGACAUACAACAAAAAAUUACUGACAUUACUACUAACUAUAAAGCCUGUUAGCUCACCAACACUGCAACCAACCCUCAAAAUCCUGGACUUGACUGAGAUAAGAAGCCUGGGGCCUACUGGGAAGUGGAGUUCACUGAGAUAAAACGUGGCAAGUAUGGUUACAGGCAUCUGCUAGUAUUCAUAGGCACUCUUUCCAGAUGAACUGAAGCCUUUGCUACCAAAUAUAAAGCAGCUCAGGUAGUAGCAAAGAAACCACUUGAAGACAUCCUGCUCAGGUAUGGCUUUCCAACCACGACAGUGUCAGAUAUUGGGCUACAUUUGGGGUAAAUCAGAAUUUAGCCCAUUCUGGGGAGCAAUUGGAAACUGCAUUGUGCACACAGAUCCCUGAGCUCAGGACAGGUAGAAAGGAUGAACAGAAGGCUAAAAGAGACCCUAACUAAAUUGACUUAGAGAUUGGCACAGAUGGGGUGGUUCUCCUUCCCUUUGCCCUAUAUAGAGUUAGAAAUUACCCCUACCAGAAGGGACUAACCCUGUUUGAGAUCAUGUUUGGUACAUCACCUCCCAUUACCUCCAAUCUCCAGGCAAACCUGUUAGCAGAUUUGGCUGGCCGUGAAAUCCUCGACGCUGUAUGGGGAAUCCAAUGGGCCACAAGGAGGUCUGACCUAAGUUAAGAGAGCUUUAUGAAUCUGGCGCCCCCUCCCCCACCCCAGUCCCACAGAUUCUGGCAGAGACACCGGACGAAGCCUUUGGAACUCAAGUGGACAGGACCCUAUGUAAUUCUGCUGACCACACUGACCGCACUCAAGGUCCACAGUAUUGCUACUUGGGUCCACUACUCCUAUGCCAGACCAUCAGAUCCUUUCACCUUAAAGGAAGACUAUCAGGGUAAUGGAUGGGAAACAUCAAGAGACUCAAGGAAUCAUCCCCUCAAGCUGUGUGUGAUCCGGCAGUGGCAAUCAUCUGCCUCCUAACCGCAGCGGCGCCACCAGCUCACAAAAAAGUCUGCGUGUACCCUGGAGACUAACAUGGGUGAUCACUUCUGGAAAUGGUGAUCAGACACAUGCAGCCUCAACAGAGGCCCUGCAUGACCACUGGUAGCCCGACCGAUGACUUAUUUUUAUUUUGUAUGUCAGUAUUUAGCCUUCAUAUGUGCAGUGCCUGCAGAGUCCAGAGUUACAGAACUGUGUGAGCUGCCAUAUGGGUGCCGGGUAGUGAACGAAGAUCUUCCAAAGAACAACCAGUGCUCUUAACUACUGAUUCAUUUUUCCAGUGUAGACAGAAACAGCCAAAGCAGCUUCUUUAUUAACCAAUGGUACAUGAAUGAGCAUAUUCACAGCAUACAGAGGGGAAUCCCACAUCCUUCCAGUCUGGUUUUCACCAUUGAGACCUUCUGGAAUAAAGUAUUUCUUCCUUUUCUUUCCUGUGUUGUUGUUUUUGAGACAGGAUCUCAUUGUGGCUGUGACUGGCCUGGGGCUCAGAGAGGCCCACCUGCCUCUACCUCCCAAGUACUGAAAUAAAGGAGUGCACCACCACACCUAAUACUUCCUCCUUUCUUUUAAAAAUAUUUUCAUUUUAUUUUUCCACUUAUUUAUUUUUGAGGCAGCAUCUCUAUAUACAGCCCAGAUUGGCCUUGACCUCACUCACAGUCCUCCACCUCCAUCUAUGAGUGACUAGGAUUGUACCAUGUCCUGUCAUGCCUGUCUGUCAGCUGCUUUGCCCCACUGGACGCUAUGUUGAAUCCUAGCCUUUUAUUUUUAUGUAUGUAUAUAUAAUUUAUAUUUGUAUACAUAAUUUUUCAGUCUUCAGGAAUUUCAUAUAUCUACAUAAUGUGUUUUGAACAUACCGAGUAGUAUAUUUCUUUAGUUUCUCCUCCAUUCCUGUUUUCUAUUUUAUUUUUUUAAUUUAAGUUUCCAACAUUAGGUAAUUUAUGCUUUUAUCAUUUUGUAUUUGGAUCCAAGGUCAGCAAUUUUUCUGUAAAGGCCAGACUGUAACUUUAGACCAGUGAUUUUUCAACCUUCCUAAUGCUGCAACCCUUUAAUACAGUUUCUCAUAUUUUGGUGACCCCACCAUAAAAUUGUUUUCAUUCCUACUUAAUAACUGUAGUUUUGCUGCUGUUAUAAAGUAUAAUGUUAAUAUGUGUUUACUGAUGUUUUUAGGUGACCUCUGAAAAUGGGGACACUGCUUGAGCCAAUGACGAGACUGAUGCAGACUCUGACUGUAGGCUGACGCAGACUCUUGACUGUAGGCUGACGCAGACUCUUGACUGUAGGCCGACGCAGACUCUUGACUGUAGGCCAACGUAGACUCUUGACUGUAGGCCGACGCAGACUCUGACUGUAGGCUGACGCAGACUCUUGACUGUAGGCCGACGCAGACUGACUAUAGACUGACUCAGAUGGUGACUAUGGACUGACGCAGCUGGUGACUGUAGGGUGAUGCAGGCAUUGACUGUAGGUGACGCAGCUGGUGACGGUAGGGUGUUACAGGCACUGAGUGCAGACUGAAACAGACAGUGACUCUGGGUUUCCUGAGCAGUCUAUGAGCUCUAAGACGUCUCAGUUCUGUACUUAGGGAGAACACAGCUGCUACAGCACACAGUGCAUCAGUGCUUCAAGAAAACAUCUUUUAUAACAUUCAGCACUGACUAGAUUUGGCCUAUGGGCCUUAGUUUGCCCAAACAUUUAGAUCUCAGCCUCUCAUGCUCCUGAGAGCCUCGGCCUCAAGUCUAGAUUGUUUGUUGCCUCCUACUCCUCCAUGUGACCUAGGGAUUCUGGGGUUCAGAGGACUUGCUGUACUGGUUGAUAUAGUAUAGUUUUAAACAGCACAGACAGUAGCUAGGUGCGGUGGUGCACUCCUUUAAUCCCAGCACUUAGGAGCUAAGUCAGACAGAUCUGAGUUCAAGGCCAGCCUGGUCUCCAGAGUGAUUUCCAGGAAAGCCAGAUCUUCACAGAGUAAUACCAUUGUGAAAAACAAAACAAAUGAAAACAUUUAAACAACAUAGGUUGCCUCUGACCUUCCUGCUGGUGCCCAGGAGUUGCCCGGUUUUUAUAAAGGUAUGAGAGCUUGCUUCCAGUAGUCUGCGUGUGGUGAUAAAGGGUUGCAUGGAACUUCACAUCCUUGCUGUCCACAAGCCUGCCUUGGCUGAGGUCCAGCAUCCCACCCCGUCAGGUUUUUGACUUGUCAUUGUCAACUAACAGAGCAGAAUACAGUCAGUGGGCUUGGAGACAUUUUUGUAAGAGCGCUGAAGGCCAGGGACUGUUGGUCUUAGGGUAUACUGCCUGAUUCUCUUCCUAGAACACAUCUGCUCAGUUGCAUUCUUUGUGUGUCUUUCUGACUCGUUAUUUCUCCUGAAGCAACUGCCCAGUCCCUGGUUCAGACUUUUAAAUAUCAAAAUAGCAGGAAAUACCACAUCCCCUUAUUUCCCACUGUAUAUAGCAGAAUUAUGCCAGAGUGAACAUAAAAACUAGUCACCUACAGAAGAUAUUGCUCUCCUCCCCUCCGUCCCUUCCUUCACUGUCCCUCUUCACUUUUCGUCCCUCCCCUCCCUCUUCCCUUCAUUUUCUUCCCUCUCAUCCCUUUCCCUUCCUCUUCUUUUCCUGUUUUCCUUUAAUAAGCACUUUAACAUUUUUCAUGUGGAUGUGAACUUUUAAAACACCUUCCUUCUCCCUACACGUUGAACGUUUGUAUGGUGGUAUCCUUGACCUAUGUACUAGCAGUUUCUAUGCUCAACUUUCCAGUGAAGCGAGGCAGGUCCAAGCGCUUUAUAAUGCCGUCUCUCGGUGGUAUAUUUAAAAUUAAUUUAUUCUUUGACAAUUCCGUGCGUAUGUAUAAUACAUCCUGCUGGCAUCUCCUCCACCCUUCCAUCCUUUUCCCACUACUGCAAAUCCCCCCUCCUUCUGUUGGGCCCUAAAGCCCCACCAAGGAGGAGGUCUCCCCAAGAGACACUCUCACCGUGGUUGAUGCAAUAGCAAGAGGAACUUUUAUUUUAUUGCCGCAGCAGAGGUUCCUCAGCCUCGAGAGGAGAAGGACCCCUGCUUUGUCUAUUACAGGCUCUUUUAAAGGAGAAAACCACAGAAUCAAGGGGGGUAGUACAGAAUCAAAAGGGAGAGUCCAGAAAUCAUUUGUCAACUAUUUUGACUAGUUCAUUCAAUGGUCAGCUAACUAGUUGAUCAAUGCUAUGGCGGUUGCUGGGUUGGUUGAACAAGGAAGAACACUCGCAGGUCAUCUGCAGGUCAUCUCACCCCAGUUCCAGGGUCUGGGUCUAUUGAAGAAAGACUACAAAGGGGAUGGAAAGUACUCAAAGCUCCAGUGCACACGUGAUUGGUUACCAGGGUCCCGGUUCCCAGGAAGGGAGGUGCAGUAAGCUGAGGUGCCCCAAAGUCUUUUGCUUCCACCAAUUCCCUCCUCACUCUCUCAUGUCUUUUUAUUUUGGUUUUGCUUUGUGGCCCACUGGGUUCAACCAGAGCUCCCCCUGUGAGCAUGGGUGUGGAGCUGUCCUCUAGAACCUGAGAGACUCACUGGUUGCUGUAUCACCUGAAGACAAUCACGUCUUUUCUCCUCAGAGCGCACAGGUGCCUCUAGUUUGUCUAGGGGAACUGGGACCCACGAUGCAUCUCCGUCUGUGACUGUUUCUUUCCCGUGUCUUGUUCAUUCCCUUUUCAAGUGCAGUGGUUCUGCGUCCGUGCGCACCGCAGUCAUGCCAUGCUUGUAACAGUGCUCCUGGCCUUCCUCUCGGUGGUCUAGCACUUGCAUCUUUUGCCCUCUUUUCGGUAGUGUUCUGGGAGCCUUACAGGAAUAUGAAUGUCCCAUUUAAGGCUGAACAUUCAAUAAGCCUUUUGUUCUCAUCACCCUGACUUAGAUUGUUCCAAAGAGAAGUUUCCUUGGUCAAGGCUAACGACAGUACUAACCUUGAGUCCUCUCUGACCUGUUCCUAGCUUCUGCAACCUCUGCUAGGUCUCCGAGCACCUGGACAUCCCACCCCGAGUCAAUGGAAAAUGACUUGCGAUAGAGAAGGGACACAAACACCUUCCUGUCUUCAUGGUCAACCUUCAUAUCAACUGUGCUUUCCUAGCUGAAGGCCUGUCCAGUUCAUGUCCCCCUCCGCACCGUACCUGGAUGCCAUGGUGGAUUCUUUUGUUGAUUUUAUCUUUUGAGACACAGUCUCAUUCAGUCAUUCAAACUGGACUGCAACUCAUUUUGUAGCCCAGGUUGACCUUGACCCACAUGGCAGUCCACUUGUCUCAGCCUCCUAAGUGCCAGGAAUGCAGGCAUGCACACCUGGCGUGCAUCCGCUCAGUUUGUGCUCAUAGGUCAUUAUUGUAUAGUAAGCCAACCUUUGCUGCUGCUGAUUCCCUUGGCAAAGAUUGCUCUGUGGCCAAGAAAAUCUUCCUCUUUCUUACGGCAAGGAAUUUCAGAAUUUCCCUGUGUCUUUAUCUUGUGUCCUGGAGCCCGUAAGCAAUGACUCUGCUGGUUCUUUGUCCAGUAAACACAGAGUGAAGGAAGGUGCGGGAGUGCAGGCUGCAUUUCUCAAGGGCACUGGUGCUGGCUCGUGCGUAUCUAGGAGUUCCACAAAAAGCUUAUAAAGGUCUGUGCAAACCCACAUCGUGAUCACCCUGCAGUCUGCCCUCUGCAUAGCACAAGGCCAUCCACUCGGCUCUGCUUUCUCUGAGAAGCAGAGACUUCCUUUCCACAUUAUGGUCUCCUGAAUUCUCAGCCCAGGUCACAGAAGUCUCGCAUACAGAACACGUAUGAGGAGCACAGGGAUCUUGUGAAUGGUGAAAAUAUGUGACGGUGUGACCUAAUUUCACUGGACCUGAGGGACACAGAAUAUGUAUGAAGACUGAAAUUAGCAUGCACAUGCUUGUGCAUGUGCGCACACACACAUAUGUGUACAUAGGUCAUUUUUUUUUUAAAUAAAAAAGCUAUGAGACAGGGGCAGUAGGAUGGCUCAGGGGAUAAAGAUGCUUGCUAGCCAGUCCUGAGUUCUCUGAAAUCUAUGUAGUAAAAGCAGACAGCCAAGUUCUUCAGGUUGUCUUUUCUCUUUCCCAUGUGUGUCGUGGCGUGCACAUACCCAAGCAAACACACGAGUAAAGAAAUAAGCGUAUUUUAAUUUAGCUUUUGUUUGUUUGUUUUGAGAUCUAGCUCCACAGCCUCUGCCACCACCUGGAGUGUUUGUUUAGAUCUCCUCUUCUCUGGCUGCUUGCUGUGCAAGGUUUUUGUGUGCAUGAAUGGGGAAGCUGAAUGGAACAGAAAAGGCAAGGCUCCCGCUGUGCAGAGUUGGUGGUGACAGUCACGCCGCCUGUGUUCAGUGGUGGGCAUUCGUGCAGACCGGGGCUGCAUGGAGUGGACCCCUGGCAGCAGGGUCCAUAACGGGGAUUGUUUUCUCCAACUUCUAUGCCUUUUACUCAGCCCUCAGCUGCCCUUGCACUCUGUAGUGGCCUAGAAGCCCCACAGUGCCUGAUGCGUGCACAGAGGGUUUAUGCCAUUGAAGGCCUGAGGGACCAAGUCAGGUACCUCUUCUCUUGUGGUCUGUCAUGGCCAAGGCUGCUUCCUGGAAAGGCCAUGUGGCCUCCUCCCCCAAAAUGUGAAGGAGUAUGUAGACUGUGCACCUGUUGGCGUCCGCAGGGUCCCCAGGGUAUAUCUGUUUGUUUAUAAUGGCUGGGGAGAGGAUGGUGUCUGACCCUGCUUCGCUGCUCUAACAUUGCAGAAACUAAAGGUAUCAGAUGAACCUGUAGAAGCCAAAGAAGAUUACACUAAGUUUAACACUAAAGACUUGAAGACUGGCAAG